AUGAUUGGCAUUGCUUUAACACCCGACGAUAAAUCACCAUUGUCAUCAGCGCAAACACUGCGCGUCACAACUCUUCUAUCAGUUAUCGGAGUUACAAAAGAAAUGCAGAAUUCGCUUUAUUAUUUUUGUACAACAGACCGAUGCAACGAUAUAUCUGUAUUUAAACGUAUGCUAGGAUCUUUAUCAAUAAUUAACAAAUUAAAUGACCUUGACUGUUUAUUAAAACCUGAUGAACUUUUCGAUGGUCUUGGAUGUUUAUUUCUUCAUACGAAUAACAUUGAUGAUAUGUGCAAGGCAACUAGUGCUUUCGAUCCAACAACUUUUACAACUCAAGCGCCAAUAGAUAAAAUAUGUGCAACGUGUUUCAAGGAUGAUGUAGGUGGCAAUUACUUAGGCGAAGAAAGUGUUUUUAAUAUGAAUGAUCAAACACUUACACCAAGUUGGUUUAUUCAUUGCCAAUCGAAAAACUGUAAUGAUCUUAGUACUGUGUAA